UUUAGGGUGGCAACUCUAUUUUGGAAUAUGUAGUUUGGAUUCCGGUGGUCGAUAAAAUUGUUAAAAUGAAUUUGUUACGUAGGUCGUUGAGUAAAUCGUUGUUAAUAACUCCAAUAAAAAGUGUAGGAGUUACAGAACCGCGUUCGAUAAAGAGAUGGGUUGCUCCAACGUUACGUGAACUUCGCAAACGAGCGAAGAAAAUAGAUCUCCAAAAUCAACCAAAUCCUAGAUCUGGUUUUGUUGAAUGGAAUUAUCGUGCAGAAUUAUAUGCUUUUACUAAGCGAUUGAAUGAAAAUAUUGAUAUUUCCCUACUGCAGACUGCGUUCACACAAAAGUCGUACAUCCAUAAAGAAGCGAACCGGCAACGUGAUUUAGGCAUCGAAGAAACAGAUAUACAAAUUAAUGACAAUUUAAAGUUAUCUGAACAUGGCGAAAAUAUCGCAAAAGCUUACAUUAGCACAUAUUUACAGUAUUCCUUGCCGAAGGUUCCGGAAGAAGGAAGAAAUGCAAUCUUAAAAUAUUUAACUAGCAUCGAAACAUUGGCGUAUAUUGCAUUACAUCUUGGGAUGAAAGAUUUAUUACUUGAUACGGAAUAUCCUCCAACCUCCGAGGCGCUUUCACGCUCUCUUCUUGCUGUUAUUGGUGCAUUACAGGAAUCCAGUGGGUCUGAACGUUCCUUUUUAUUCGUACGAGAUUUUAUUUGCACACAUUUAAAUCAGCGAGAUUUAUUAGAAAUUUGGCAUAUUCAAGACGCAUGGAACCUACUUAAAGAUACGUGUAAAUUGCAAAAUAUUCCUAAUCCAGAGCCCAGACUCAUUGGGGAUUGUGGCAAAAACACUGUAUUGGCAACCUACAAUGUUGGUAUAUAUGCUAAUAAGAAAAUGAUAGGAAAAGGCUUCGGGGAAGAUGCAUCAACAGCCAUUGAAAUUGCAGCUAUUGAUUCAUUACGAAAUUUAUUUUCAAUCAAUGAGCAUGCACGUUUGUUUGAUUUUGAAUUAUUAAUAGAACCAAAACAGAAAUUAAAUUAACAUAAAAGCGAAUCAAUUUAAUGAUUCAUCUAAAUG